GACAGAGAAGGGAAGUUAAGAAGACAAAAGUGAUUACUCAUCCCUCCACUUGUUUGGUCAAAAAGAAAAUGGAAGCGGCGGCGACGAAGCAGAGCGUUACAAACCGACUUCUCACCGUGAAGUCAGCCUCCGGCAAGACUUACAGCCAAUUAGCGGAGGAGACAGGUCUCACCAACGUCUACGUGGCUCAGCUGCUCCGUCGCCAAGCCCAGCUCAAACCCGACACAGUCCCAAAGCUCCGUGAAGCUUUGCCUGCCCUGACCGACGAACUAAUCGCUGCCAUGGUGUCUCCUCCGUGGAGAUCAUAUGAUCCAAACCUUAUCCAAGAACCUACCGUCUACAGGUUGAAUGAAGCAGUGAUGCAUUUCGGUGAGAGUAUAAAAGAGAUUAUCAAUGAAGAUUUUGGCGAUGGCAUCAUGUCGGCGAUAGACUUCUAUUGCUCCGUGGACAAAGUUAAAGGAGUGGAUGGUAAUAACCGCGUUGUCGUGACACUUGAUGGGAAGUAUCUUUCUCAUUCCGAACAGAGGACGGAGAAUAUGGUCUCAAGGCUAAACCUCAAGGGAAGUACAAGCGAAUGAUAUGUAAAAUGUAAGAAUAAAACGAUUCAGAUGAAUGUAUGAAGCAAUCCAUGAAGGCCUUAUGUCUAAAACUGUAACAUUGUACGAUUUAUUGGGUUUGUUUAUCUGUACUCUAUGCAACUCCAGCCUCAAGCUGUUUCAGGUUGAAUAAAAUAAACACUAUGAAACC